GUAUUCUAUCGAAGCGUGUAACAACUGGUUUGUGUUGACUCUUCUUGGUCAGUGUCAGGCCGGGUCAAAUGGCGAAAUCAGUCGGAAUCGAAGCUCUUGCCGGAGCAGAUCUCAAUCAAAACGAUGUUCCCGAAAGUAUCGCUAAUAUGGCUUCUUAUGAGUUACAUAAUUUCGCCGGCACUGGGACGUGAGUUCUUCUCCUCCGUACACGAAAUGACGAAGGUUUUCGGGUAUGAAGAGCGAAUGCUGGGAUACAUGCAGAAAUUCCUCGACGACAACCAAAGCAAAUUGGAUUUCCUGAAAGCGCGGCUGCGGGAGUUCGAGGUCGAGAGGGAGGAGGCCCGGGAAUGGGGUACGGCGUACUUUGACAGUCCCGUAAAUAAAUAUUUGCUCAACAAGCGUCUAACCGUGGACUGGCAGCUGGUGGAGAACCUCAUGGAGACGCAGUCGGGCAAGAAAUCGCUGGCACGCCUGCAAAAAGCAAGGGCGCACAAACUGAUGCCAAAGAAAAGUGAACUGGAAGGCGCCAUCGAUGGUUUACUUCGACUGCAGACCGUCUAUAGGCUGGAGGCCAAAGACAUAGCCAAGGGCGUACUGGAUGGCGUUGAUUACAGCACUCAGCUGAACUCGGAGCACUGUGUGGAUAUUGCUCGGUUGGCUUUGAGGGAUAAGCAUACUCGUCUGGCCCACUUCUGGUCACUAGAGGCUCUUCAUCGUUUGGCCAGCGAUAAAGAGUCGGAGGAACUAAAGCCUCAAAUAUUGGCUCUCUUGGUAGAGACUAAGGCAGCUUUUGGUGACUAUAGAGGCUUGAAUGAAACCUAUCAGGAGCUUCUAAAGAUUCAACCGGCCAGUGCAGAUUAUGCGAAGAACUACGAGCGGUUUUUGGAAUCCAUUGGAGGAGAGCAGUCUUUAAACGAGACUAGAGCUGUAGAGGAACAUCCACCUAUCCCUGGAAAAGGAGACAUAGUUUCUGACUUCGACGGGUACAUGCUGACCUGCAGCGGCCACUGGCGACCAACUCCGCGCGAAGAGAGGGAUCUCCGCUGCGGCUACAUGUCUGAAACACAUCCUUUCCUUUGGAUAGCUCCCCUCAAGGCGGAGGAACUAAGCAGGGAUCCCCUGCUAAUACUCUACCACGAUGUGAUCUAUCAAAGCGAAAUUGACACGAUCAGGAAACUAACUACAAACAAGUUGAAAAGAGCCACAGUCACGAGCGAGAAAGAAUCCAUAGUUUCCAACGUCCGUACCAGCCAGUUUACGUUUGUAUCGGUUUUGGACGACAAGGUUCUGGCCACUAUUGACCAACGAGUGACGGACAUGACCAACCUCAAUAUGCGGUAUGCGGAGGACCACCAGUUUGCCAAUUACGGAAUCGGAGGUCACUAUGGCCAGCACAUGGAUUGGUUCUACCAAUCAAGUUUUGAUUCUGGUCUGGUAAGCAGUCCUGAAAUGGGUAAUCGAAUCGCCACCGUUUUGUUUUAUCUUUCUGAUGUGGCUCAGGGCGGAGGAACUGCUUUUCCUCAUAUCCGAGUGCAAUUGAAGCCUAAAAAAUAUGCAGCCGCCUUCUGGUACAACCUACAUGCGUCAGGUGUCGGUGAUCCCCGAACUCAGCAUGGAGCUUGCCCUAUAAUUUCCGGUUCAAAAUGGGUUCAAAACCGAUGGAUUCGAGAGUUCAUUCAAUCUGAUCGCAGGCCUUGUGAAUUGUGGGACGACUCAUUGGCUACAUUGUCUCAAAUCCGUGAAAUGGAAAGACAAUUAAAAGCCCAGCAACUCACUAGUCAGAUAGCCUAAAUUUUUUAC